GGCCGGGGCUGUGUGGCCAUUUAAGGGCGUGCGGGACCCGGGGCUCCGCCCCCCGCGGGGCGCUGACCAAUCACAGCGCUGUGCGUCAGCGGCCGGCGGUCAAUCAGCACCCGCUGGCCGUUACCGUGGGAGCUGCAUCCUCGGCGGGCGGUGAUUGGCCGGCUCGAACGGGGCUGCGCGCUGAUUGGUGGAGGGGCCGCACGCGGAAAUAUUCAAACGGGGCGCGGGAGCGGGCGGGGCCGCGCGGGACGAGUGUACCGGAGAGUGUCCGGGAUCGGGGCUGCGACCGAGCCGCUCCUGCGCCGGAGAAGCGGUCGGGACUGAGCCCCUCUUGCACCGAAGAAAAGGUUGGGAACGAGCCGCUCCUGAACCGGAGAACGUCUGGAACGGGGGUUGGGAUCUCCCACCACCGCUGCACAGGAGAGCCCCAAGCGCCGCCGUUCGCCACUGGGGAGCCCCGCUAGGGGAGCCCUGACCAGCGCUCGGUACCGGCAGAGCCGCAGGGGGACCCGAGUCCUGCCCGAGCGGGACUUCGGGAGGAAAGGAGCCAGCGCGUCCCGGUGCGGCGCCGCCCGGGAGCGGGAGCCGCGUCCAGCCGGUGACCCGCCGGCAGUGGCGGCCGGAGGCCGGUGUGCCUGUCCGUGACCCGGCAGCCGCUAUGGCCUCACAGAACGCCGACCCCGCCGCCGUGUCCAGCGCAGCCGCCCGCAAAGCGGCCGAGACCGGGGCCACGGCGGCCAGAGGAGCGGUGGGGAAGAGGCUGCAGCAAGAACUGAUGGCGCUGAUGAUGUCCGGUGACAAAGGCAUUUCUGCCUUCCCUGAGUCCGACAACCUCUUCAAGUGGAUCGGGACCAUUGACGGCGCCGCUGGGACGGCCUACGAGGAGCUGCGGUACAAGCUGUCGCUGGAGUUCCCCAGCGGGUACCCCUACAAUGCACCCACCGUGCGGUUCCUGACUCCCUGCUACCACCCCAACGUCGACACCCAGGGCAACAUCUGCCUCGACAUCCUCAAGGAAAAGUGGUCAGCGCUGUAUGAUGUCCGCACCAUCUUGCUCUCCAUACAGAGCCUGCUGGCAGAGCCGAAUAUUGAGAGCCCUCUGAACACACAUGCCGCCGAGCUCUGGAAGAACCAAGUCGCCUACAAGAAGUAUGUGCGGGAGACGUACAACAAGCAGACCAAGGGCCAGGAGACCUGACCAUCACCACUGCCCCCCACCAUACCCAACUCCCUCCCGGCCGUCCCCUGCCUUCUGUAUCAUAGGCUGUUUUUAAAUUAAUGUCGCGGUCCGAGCCACGGUUAAUGUAUAAAUAAAUGCACAUUUAUAACUUC